AUGAAAGGCUCUGGUCUUCCCCUCUGCCUUCUUUCUGCUGUGUUUUAUGUCUUCUGGACACCUUCUGCCAGGCUGAAGACACUCCAUUUGGGAAGCUGUGUGAUCACCGCAAGUCUUCAGGCAAUUCGAAGUGGAUUUUCAGAGAUACAGGACAGAGUGCAACCCAAAGAUGAAAUCAUUGACCUCAGUAUCUUGAGGAAGACUCAGCCUUUGCAAGACACAAAGCCUGCAGGUCAGUGCUGCCUCCUCCGCCAUAUACUGGGACUCUACCUGGACAGGGUAUUCAAAAACUAACAGACACCUGACCACCAUAUCCUCCAGAUCAGCGGUCUCGCCAACUCUUUUCUUACCAUCAAGAAGGACCUCUGUCUCUGUAACUAAGGGUCUUGGCAUGCCCAUAUGACAUGCCCUUGUGGGGAGGAAGCAAUGGAGAAAUACAGCCAGCUUAUGAGCCACUUCGAAGAGCUUCAGCCUCAGGCAGCGGUGGUGAAGGCUUUGGGGGAGCUAGACAUUCUCCUGAGCUGGAUGGAAGAGAUGGACUAG